UUUCCUGGGACAAGAGGAGUUUCUUUUCUUGGCUGGAACAUUACGAGGAGGAGGAGGAGGAGGAAGAGGAGGAGGGCACAGAGUGUGAGGAGAGGAGAAGGCAUCCCAUCCAGCAGACUGAGGAGUCACACACAGGACUGUCCAUGGCUUCGAACAGGUGGGGGGUCGUAGUGUGCGCUCUGCUUUACCUCUCUUCCUCAGUACUGGCCAACCUGGAGAGAAUCUCCCGGAUCACCUAUGUACUACAUCCGGGACCCCCGGGGAUCUCCCCCCAGGAGAGGACGAGGAGGAUGAGUCCGACUUUACUACACAGGCAGACGGUCAGUACGGACAGCGGAGCUCGCCACUUCUCUAUGGUUCGGAGCUCCGGACAGGACAUACACAAGACUGCCAGCCUCCAACAGAUACAGAACAAGAUCCAAGGGGUUAAUGUCUGUGCAGGCAAGUGUUGUCAUGGUUGGAGUAAAUCAGCUGGAUCUGAACGAUGUACAAAACCAAAUUGCUCUCCGCCUUGUCAGAAUGGUGGAAUGUGCUUACGCCCACAUCUCUGUGUGUGCAAACCUGGUACCAAAGGUAAAGUCUGUGAAGAAAGAGCAACCCAAGGCACAUCUUCUGGCAGAACAGGAGACCAAGGUGCAGGUGCUCCAGCCCCACCCAUACGUCCAAUUCCCCAACAAGCUGCUCUCCAGCCCAUACCAAGGAAAGUACAGUUCUCUCCAGAACACAACCAAGGUGGACAAGUUACUCAGGCACUCAAACAAAAGCCACACAUUAUCUUGUCACAACCACAGAUGAUACCUCCACAGCCCCGAACCAUGAACCUCCAACAUGGGCAUACUCAGCAAUUCCAGAUUAAGCCAAAGUAUUUUUCCAGCUCUAAGAAAAUGCUUCUUGGUGAGCAAUCCACCGAAGGGUCUCUCCCACUCAGGACUGCUGCUCUGGAUCAACUGUCAUCACAGUUCAGUCAUUUGGGAAACCAGACAGGGCGCAUCAAGGUGGUCUUCACACCCAGCAUAUGCAAAGUCACCUGCACCAAAGGCCGCUGUCAUAACAACUGCGAAAAAGGAAAUACUACUACACUUAUUAGUGAAAAUGGUCAUUCCGCUGAUACAUUGACAUCAAGUAACUUCAGAGUAGGUUCUCAUUCAUUCUUUCCCCAUCUCAGACCUUUUUCCUGCUCUUCAGUGAUUUGCCAUCUUCCUUGUAUGAAUGGAGGACAGUGUACAGCUCGAGACAAAUGCCAGUGUCCACCUAACUUUACCGGCAAGCUCUGUCAGAUACCCACACAGAAUGGAAAUGUACAGAAACAGUAUGCAAACCAGCAGAAUUCAAUAAAAUCAACUGGAUCUCAUGUAAUUCAUUCCACCCACACGUUACCUCUCACUGUCACAGGACAACAAGGAAUUAAAGUUAAUUACCCACCAAAUAUGGUUAACAUUCAUGUGAAGCAUCCACCUGAGGCUUCUGUACAGUUUCACCAGGUGUCCCGGGUUGAAAGUUCUUCAUCUAUUCAGAAAAAAGAUAAUCAGCUAGGGCAGACGCAUGUUUCCUACCACGGUGUACAGAAACAUCAACUACCCCAUGCCAUAUACCCACAUCAGCAGACAGUAUCCCACGUGUAUCCAGUUUCAGCUAAAACACAGCUUGGACGUUGUUUUCAGGAAACCACCGGAACACAGUGUGGUAAGCCACUUCCAGGACUUUCAAAGCAAGAAGAUUGCUGUGGAACAGUGGGUACUUCCUGGGGUUUUGGCAAAUGCAUGAAAUGUCCAAAAAAAGCUAGCCAUCCAGCAUAUUCCCAGUAUAUGGAAUGUCCUCAAGGUUACAAACGCAUCAAUGCCACAUUUUGCCAAGAUAUUAAUGAAUGCUACAUACAGGGUAUUUGUCCAAAUGGGGACUGUUUAAAUUCUCUGGGAAGCUAUAGGUGCACCUGCAAACAAGGGUUUGUUCCAGAUCCUACAUAUUCAUCUUGCAUUGCUGAAAAUCUUUUGGUGUCUGAGGAGAAGGGACCAUGCUAUCGGCUUGUGAGCACUACAAAGCAGUGCAUGCAUCCUUUGUCUGUUCAACUUACUAGGCAGCUCUGCUGUUGCAGUGUAGGCAAAGCCUGGGGACCCAACUGUGAAAAGUGCCCUGUACUUGGAACUGCUGCUUUCAAGGAAAUCUGUCCAGGUGGCAUGGGCUACACGCUUCGAGUUCCAGCACCUUUUAGACCAUUUACUGUGCAACCUCCAGUCAGGACAACACUUCAAGCAAUCAUAACAAAAGAAGAACCGGUAGAAGCUCUGUCUGUUUCCCAGAAAAACGCUCCAGAUCACAAUGGAAGAGAAGGUUUUGCUACAACAGAUCAGUAUCUUGGACCUGGAUUUGAUAAACGGCCAGUGAAUGAGGGGCAACCUCAGCUGUCAUCUGAAAUUGAAACAAUAAACUUAGAUUCUCUGUACCCAGUUGUUGUUGAGAAGUCAUCCCCGCCUGUACCUGUAGAAAUAGCCCCUGAUGUCUCAAAGUCAAGUGCCAGUCAAGUUAUUGCUCCAACUCAAGUUACAGAAGUCAAUGAGUGUAUAGUGGAUCCUGAUAUCUGUGGGGAAGGAUUCUGUGUCAACUUACCUAUAGGAUACAUGUGUGUCUGUCAUGAAGGGUAUAAGCAGAAUAACAAUCAGACCAAAUGUGUGGAUGUUGAUGAGUGCUCUCAGGAUCGCGUGCUUUGCUCACAGGGGCGCUGUGAAAAUACAGAUGGAAGUUUUGUAUGUAUUUGUCAAGAAGGAUACAUGGCCAAUGAACAGGGAACUGACUGCACUGAUGUGAAUGAAUGUUUGAGACCAAACGCAUGUCCUGAUGGCCUCUGUAUUAACACUGUUGGCUCUUUCCGAUGUGAAUACUGUGACAGCGGCUUCCGCAUAAACAGGAGAGGUCAAUGUGAAGAUAUUGAUGAAUGUCUGACUCCCACUACUUGUCCAUAUGACAGAUGUGUCAAUAACCCAGGAUCAUAUGCAUGUAUACCUUGUCCUGAAGGGUAUAGAGGAUUUAAUGGCAGAUGCUUUGACAUCAAUGAAUGCCAAGAAGACUCAUCCCUGUGUGCCGGUGGUGACUGCUCCAAUCUGGAGGGUUCAUACAUGUGCACAUGCCGUACAGGAUAUGAAUCAACCUCUGACAGCAAACAGUGCAUUGACAUAGAUGAAUGCCGGCUUGGUAAUUUAUGCUUGAAUGGUAAAUGUCAUAACAUUGAAGGCUCCUUCGUAUGCUCCUGCAACUCAGGAUAUCAGCUAAGCCCAGCCAGCGACAAGUGUGAUGACAUUAAUGAAUGCCAAGUUCAAAGCCUUUGUGACAAUGGACAGUGCAGGAAUACCAGGGGAUCGUUCACUUGUAUAUGCAAUGAAGGCUACAAGCUAUUAUCUUCUGGAGACCAAUGUGAAGACAUUGAUGAAUGCCAAGAGAUGGAUGAAGCAUGCCAGGGAGGAGGAAGCUGCUCUAAUACAAUCGGUUCUUAUGAAUGCAUUUGUCCACCAGGCUUCCUGCUUGUUGAUGGAAGGAGGUGUCAAGAUAUUAAUGAGUGUGAAAAUUCAGAGCUCUGUUCUCCAAAUGGAGAAUGUCUCAAUACUGCUGGCUCAUUCCACUGCAUAUGUGAACAAGGAUUUACUACAACUCCUGAUGGAAGAUCAUGUGAAGAUGUUGAUGAAUGUACUAACAGCACGUUAUGCAGUCAAGGGUUUUGUGAAAACACCAAUGGUUCUUAUCGUUGCCUCUGUUACCAGGGGUACCAAGACUCACUGGAUGGGCAAGGGUGUGUGGAUGUAAAUGAAUGUGAAAUGCUAAAUGGAGUCUGUGGUGAGGCCCGAUGUGAAAAUGUAGAAGGCUCAUUCCUCUGCCUUUGUGCUGAUGAUAACCAGGAAUAUGACCCGAUGACUGGGCAAUGCAGAUACCGCAGCGUGCCAGAUGAGCAUUAUGAUGAUGAAGAGAAGCAAUGCUACUACAACCUCAAUAAUGUCAAUUUCUGUGAGAAUGUUCUUACUAUAAAUAUCACUAAGCAAGAAUGCUGCUGUACUCUUGGAGCUGCUUGGGGAGACACCUGUGAGAUGUUCCCUUGUCCAGUCUUAAGUUCUGAUGAUUAUGCAUUACUGUGCCCUGAAGGGAGAGGAUAUGUCCCGUCAAAGGAGUCACUCUAUGAGGGCAAUGGCUUGACCUAUGAAGAUGCUGAUGAAUGCCUAUUAUUUGGAAAGGAAAUAUGCAAAAAUGGCUUCUGCUUAAACACUGAGGCAAGCUAUGAGUGUUAUUGCAAACAAGGCACAUAUUAUGAUCCUGUGAAGUUUCAGUGUUUUGAUAACAAUGAAUGUGAUGACCCAAGCAGUUGCAUUGAUGGUGAAUGUAUCAACACGGAUGGAUCAUACAGCUGUUUCUGCACACGUCCGAUGGUUCUGGACGCUACAGGAAAAAGGUGUAUUAGACCACUGGAUGCAAUUGAACCUACAGAAGAAACUGAUGUGUUCCAAGAUGUAUGCUGGCAGGAUCUUAGUGAAGACUAUGUGUGCAGCCAGCCCUUGGUUGAAAGGCAGACUACUUACACAGAAUGCUGCUGUUUAUAUGGGGAAGCAUGGGGCAUGCAGUGUGCUCUUUGCCCAAUGAAGGACUCAGAUGAUUAUGCACAGUUAUGUAACCUUCGUGUGCCAAGGUUCAGACAACCUUAUGGGGAAGAUGCCCUUCACUUUUCAGACCACUAUAUCCCACAGCCACAGCCAGACCCUUUCAACCUGCAGGAACGUGUGGGAGGUGGGCAGUAUGAGGAGCUGCAGGCAGAAGAGUGUGGCAUCUUGAACGGAUGUGAGAAUGGUAGAUGUGUACGAGUACAAGAAGGAUACACAUGCGAUUGCUUCGAUGGAUACCACCUGGAUAUCAUGAAAAUGACCUGUGUUGAUGUCAAUGAGUGCAAUGAGCUGAACAGCAGGAUGUCACUGUGCAAGAAUGCAAAGUGUAUUAACACAGAGGGCUCAUACAAAUGUGUGUGUCUGCCUGGCUACAUACCAUCAGAUAAACCCAACUACUGCACAGCAAUAAACUCAGAUAGAGACGACAGUGAACUGGAGUAGAACGGACUUUGGCUCCAAUUUCUCAGCCCAUAUACUCUGCACUGUAUGGAAGCAUGGAAGAUGUGUAUGUUACUUGAGAUGAAGGUGGAACAUAACCUCUAAUGACAGUUUUGUGGGAAACAACAGUAGCUCUUUUAUCUGCAAGCGGAAUAAAAUGUCGGACGUUACUCUGCAUCAGAUUUACAGACCAAAACCACCCAAGUAUAUAGUCUGAUCUUACAUAAACUUAUUGGACAAAAUAGCCAAAAGCAAUGAUGUUACUGAGCUGGUUAUUAUUAUUUUGUACUAUCGCUUUAUUAACUUGCCAUUUUAUUAGAGGUGGGAGCAUUUUAUAACACUUUUUUUGACGAUGCAGCACAUUGGAUACUGUAUCAGAACUAUUGAGAUGAGAACUUUUUUUUGUUAUAUUUUGGUGCAAAUAUCUUGUAGGGCAAAUUCCUAUGGACUUUUUUCACACUGUUUUGUCGUUCUUUGGAAAUAUUGUUCAAUGACUUUAAAACCUCUUGUUUGCCCUGUGGAGCAGACAUCCUUUUGUUUUUUUUUAUUCUUAACUUUUUGUACAUCUUGGCUGGAAAAUCAUAUUGAUUUUAUUUUUUACUCUGCCUUUUGUCUUAUUACUGCACUUAAAUUCUUUAGAACUUUUCUUGCCAAGUUUCAAAGCUGCUGGAGAACCAUUGCAUCCCUUAAUGUACAUUAAAUUGGAUACAUGUUUCCCUGUCCAUAAAUGUAAUUUGUAAAUCGAAUAUGGAAAAAAAAAUCUUGUUUGAGUUUCUUAACAUAUUAAAGCUGUAUAAUAAACAUCAAUAAUAAAACAAAUAUUUUAAAUUUU